AUUGCACUAAAAUUAAAGAAACGGCUAGAAAACAUUCAGAGUGCUCUUGAAACCGUAACCGGACCCACCCGUGUGUUCUUUUUCGAUGAAUAGCAAUUUUACGCCCUUUGAAUAAUAAAAGCGUACCAAGCCUUUCUUGUGGGUACUUUUGUAGAAUAGCAGUGUCAGCAGAGAGACUGAGAGAGGGGUGGGAAUGGAGAUAGAGGGGACGCCGGCUCUCCAUGGAUACCACAUGCCUGCAGAGUGGGAACCCCAUUCACAGUGUUGGAUGGGUUGGCCUGUUAGUGUUUCUCUACUCAAUUGAUUCACAUAUUUUUUUUUUUGGACUAUGAUCAUCCUAUGGAGCGUCCAGAUAACUGGCGAGACCAUGCAGGGCCUGCCCAACGCGUAUUUGCUGAAGUAGCAUCUGCAAUCUCAAAGUUUGAACCUGUGACUGUCUGUGCAAGUGCUGCUCAGUGGGCCAAUGCACGUAGCCUGCUACCACAACAUAUCAGGGUUGUUGAGAUGAGUAUGGAUGAUUCUUGGUUCCGUGAUACUGGACCGACUUUUGUUGUAAUCAAGCCCACACCAAGUUCUGCUGCUCCAGUGCAAAAGAUUGCAGGAAUUGAUUGGAAUUUUAAUAGUUGGGGAGGCUAUGAUGAUGGUUGUUACAAUGAUUGGAGUCUUGAUCUUCUCGUGGCAAAGAAGAUUCUGGAAAUUGAGAGGGUUCCCAGGUUUCCACAGUCUAUGAUUCUUGAAGGUGGAAGUAUUCAUGUAGAUGGAGAAGGAACUUGCCUUACUACAGAGGAGUGCCUCCUGAAUAAAAAUAGGAACCCGCAUUUGACUAAGGAGCAAAUAGAGGCUGAGCUUAAGUCCUAUCUUGGAGUCAAGAAAGUUAUUUGGUUGCCUCGUGGAUUAUUUGGUGAUGAUGAUACUAAUGGCCAUAUUGACAAUAUGUGCUGUUUUGCAAAGCCUGGUGUGGUUUUGUUGUCCUGGACUGAUGAUGAAUUAGAUCCUCAAUAUGAACGUUCUGUUGAAGCCUUUUCUGUUCUCUCCAAUGCUACUGAUGCUAGAGGUAGAAAAUUACAAAUAAUCAAACUUCACGUGCCAGGGCCUCUUUAUAUGACAGAUGAAGAGGCUUCUGGAAUUCUUCAGGAUGAUAAUGCUAAACUGAGAGUUGCUGGUACAAGACUUGCUGCAUCCUAUGUUAACUUCUAUAUUGCCAAUGGAAGGAUCAUAGCACCAGUAUUUGGGGACCAAAAGUGGGAUGAUGAAGCUGUUCGUGUCCUGUCUCUGGCCUUUCCAAAUCAUGAAGUGGUAGGAAUAAAAGGUGCAAGGGAGAUUGCUUUGGCAGGUGGAAAUAUACAUUGCAUCACACAGCAGCAGCCAGCCAUUGCCUAGAGUUAUGCAACUGAUUCUUCUCAGUGUGCCAGCAUCAUAGGCAAACUCUUGUGUGAGGGACAGAGACCCUUUGAAUCCUGUGUAUUUUAGUACAAUAUGGCUACCCCAACUUAAUUUUAAUUCCAAGUUACUGGUGCAUCUAUGAUGGGACUAUGGUUUGCUUUGGUUCAAUGGCAAACUUUUAGUCUCCUAGUUCUCAGUACAGUGGAGAAGUAUCUGAACAGGUUUAAUAGCAGCAAAAUCAAAUUGAGAUCCACAUGUUUAGAGCAUGUGUCUGAUUCUUCAUUUAA